CCGGCCCCGCCCCCGCGCCCCGCCCCGCGCUCGGCCGGCCGGAGUCGCGCCCUCCCGCCCCGCGCCGCCGCCGAACUUGCUCCAACUUCCUCGGCCGAGCCGGGCCCCGCCGCCGUCGCCGCUGCGCCCGGGUCCUGCUUCUCGGAAGAUGCACUAUUAUAGAUACUCCAACGCUGAGGUCAGCUGCUGGUACAAGUACCUGCUCUUCAGUUACAACAUCGUCUUCUGGUUGGCUGGAGUUGCCUUCCUCGGAGCCGGACUGUGGGCAUGGAGCGAAAAGGGCGUGCUGUCCGACCUCACCAAAGUGACCCGGCUGCAUGGGAUCGACCCGGUGGUACUGGUGCUGGUGGUGGGCGUGGUCAUGUUCACGCUGGGGUUCGCCGGCUGCGUGGGCGCCCUGCGGGAGAACAUCUGCCUGCUCAAGUUUUUCUGCGGCACCAUCGUGCUCAUCUUCUUCCUCGAGCUGGCCGUGGCCGUGCUGGCCUUCCUGUUCCAGGACUGGGUGAGGGACCGGUUCCGGGAGUUCUUCGAGAGCAACAUCAGGUCCUACCGGGACGACAUUGACCUGCAGAACCUCAUCGACUCCCUUCAGAAAGCGAACCAGUGCUGCGGGGCGUACAGCCCGGAGGACUGGGACCUCAACGUCUACUUCAACUGCAGCGGCGCCAGCUACAGCCGCGAGAAGUGCGGCGUGCCCUUCUCCUGCUGCGUGCCCGACCCUGCGCAAAAGGUGUUGAACACACAGUGUGGCUAUGACGUCAGGACUCAGCUGAAGAGCAAGUGGGACGAGUUCAUCUUCACGAAGGGCUGCAUCCCGGCGCUGGAGGGCUGGCUGCCGCGGAACAUCUACAUCGUGGCCGGCGUCUUCAUCGCCAUCUCCCUGCUCCAGAUAUUUGGCAUCUUCCUGGCGAAGACCCUGAUCUCAGACAUCGAGGCGGUGAAGGCCGGACAUCACUUCUGAGGAGCCACCCACGCGUGGAGGCCAGAGCCUUUCAUGUCAGCUUUGUGUCCGGAGGGCGCGGAGCGGCCGCCCUGCCAGAGCCAGCACCGUCCUCAGCGUCAGCGUGGCGUGACCUCUGACCCUGCUUGCUGGUGCUGAAGACCAAGGGCCUCCUCUUCACCCUCUGAACAGAAGGAACUUGUGACGGGGCUCCCUGCGGGGUCAGCCCAGAGACAGAACAGUGUAGGUGGAGGUGGCGACCGAGGGACCGGCUCCUGUGGCUGCCGGAAGGCUGGCUGGGGCCUCCUGGAGCCCAGUGUCUGCAGGCCCCUGGCCCCUCGCCACUCCUGAUGUCGGUGCUGGCCUUUGGCCGGCGUGUCCUCUGCGAGUGGGACUUGGGUAGGGGACCAGCAGCACGAACGGGCUUCCCGGAGGACGGGGUGACAGGUGGACCUCGGAGGUUGGCAGGGUCUGCAGGAUCCUCGGCCGUGUCCAAGCGCAGUAAGCCUGAGCCAGUGCGUGGAGCGGUGCGGUGAGCCCGGCCUGCUGCCCUCCCUCCCGGCCAGCCCGGCCCAGAGCUGCUCCAGGCUCCUCAGCAUCACGCCCUGGAGGCUCAUGCCCGGGAGGCACGAGGGACUGAGGCGGGGCUCUUCUCCGGGACUCGCUUUCCUUUUCUUUAAAGCGUGUAAAUAGUUUAUUUAUAAGGGCCAGAAUGUUCUCACUCCCAUCUGCUUCCUCGGGCAUUCUCCCCGAGCAGCCUUACACUGUGUCUGGGACUGAAGCCAUCCCUCCGGUUCCUGUGAGUCUCAGAGCCAGCCCCGCCCGCCAGCUGCUCCUCCAUCCCCAGACCAGGUGCCCCAGCCGCACCACUGCCCUCCGCUCGGCCGCACUGUCUUCCGGUCUUGGUGCUACUGAACCUGUCACCUGGAAGCUGAAUGUGACCCCUCCCCUGCGAGGCCGGGAGCCCAGCCAGGGCGCCCGCACGUUCCCCGGCCCUCCGGCCACACGAGAGGAGCUCCCUGCAGAGCUGGCGGCCUCUGCCCGCCCGGCUGCCGCUGGGAGAAGCCGGGACAUCGUGAUGGUAACUUCUGAGGUGACUCCUUUCUCCCCGACCGGGAUCCUGUGGCCACCCCGCCGCCCUCCUGCCGGCUGCGCGGGGCUGGCUCUCGGAAAUGAAGUCGCCAUGCGUGCGGAGCCCGAAGGAGCGGUGGGCGGCCGAGGCUCGGGCUCCUGCUCCUCCGGGCCGGGUCCUGUUCCGUCCCCGUGGUGGCCUGAGGCCGCCUCCGCCUGGCGGGCACGCGUGCUGCUGUGGCGAAGCUGGUGGGUGUUUGUUGAUGAUACUGUUAUAAUGUCUCUCCCCCCCCCCCCCCUUUUUUGUUUCUCUACAAUUUUCCCUGUAGACUAGGGGAAGAAGAAUGCUUGCGUUUUGGGACGUGUGAUGCUUUUCAUUGACUGCCAAGCUCUUUUAUGGAAUAUAUCUUUAUAAUAA